CUCUCAUCAAUCUUCUGUGAUUUUUGAAGAAACCUUGUUUUCUUGUAUCCAGCUAUGGAAGAGUCUUCCCAGGGGAGUUUUGUUACAACCAUAAAUGAAGAUUAUGAAGCAAUUUGUUGGGGCUGUGGGCUAAACCUUGUUCUUCCAUCAUACGCACCUGUUUUCAAGUGUGGAUGGUGUGGUGCAAUCACGAAUCAGAAUCCAGUCAGACCUGAAACCAAAAGCUUUGGGUUGAGACGUUUCCGUGACCGGUGUUUUGUCGUUAUUCUUGCAGUUUUUAUGCUCUUUGUGAUAUGUGGUGGGAUUUGGGCUGCUUAUCCCGUCUUGUUUUCGAUCAGCUUGGCUUGUGGAAUUUUCCAUUCUGUUACAACAGCGUGUCUGGCGAUAUCAACGCUUUCAACAUUUAUUCUUGUUGCUUUUAAAUGCGCCGGGAAGCCAACAAAUAUUCUUUAUGGAACCCACCCUGGAGUAGGGAAUGGCGCUCUUAACAACUAUACCUUUUGUAACUACUGCUCCAAACCCAAGUCUCCUAGAACCCAUCACUGCCGCACGUGUGGCAUGUGUGUAUUGGACAUGGAUCACCAUUGCCCCUUUAUUGGGAACUGUGUUGGUGCGGGUAAUCACAAACACUUCAUAGCAUUCCUUAUCUCAGCAGUCACUAGCACAAUCUAUGCUGCUGUUAUGUGUAUGUAUUGUUUGAUUCAUAUCUUGCCACCUAUGGAAAAUGGAGCUGCAUAUGCAUCCGAUGUGGCCCUUGUGGCGCAUGGUAAUAGUUUAUCGAUUCUGAGAUUGGUGAAGAAUAUAUUUCUUACUUACAUAGCCAAUGCUGUCUUCAUCUCUGUUCGAAGCCUUGUUCUAGUCUAUCUCUUUGUGGCGAGUGUUUCUGUGGCGAUUGGGCUAAGUGUUUUGCUGUGGCAACAGCUUAGCUAUAUCUAUGAAGGCAAGACGUACUUGAGCCAUCUAAGUUCUCAAGGAACAGAAGAAGAUGGUGAAAAGAGCUGCAGGAAUCUGUUGACUUUUUUCGGGUGUCCACAUUCAAUUGAAAGGCACUUGCCAACAAUAAGGAACUUGAGGAAGAGGCAUAAGACAUGAGAAGAAGAAGAAUAGAAUGUGAGCCAAAUAUGUUUUUUUUCUGUUUCCUCCUACGUUUGGAGCUUGUUGUGGUCAAUUCAGAAACAUCAUCAUACUUGGAGCUAACAGGUAAUGCAGAUUAGCAAAGUUUGUACCUCAUUUGUGAAAAUUCAUGAUCAUAGAAUAUAGGAGCAACUGCUCC